AUGGGCGCGCCGAAGCAGAAGUGGACGUCGGAGGAGGAGGAGGCGCUCCGUCGCGGCGUGCUCAAGCACGGCGCCGGCAAGUGGCGCACCAUCCAGAAGGACCCCGAGUUCAGCCCCGUCCUCUCCUCCCGCUCGAACAUCGACCUCAAGGACAAAUGGAGGAAUUUGAGUUUCAGUGCAAGUGGACUGGGUUCAAGGGAUAAAAUAAGGGUUCCAAAGAUAACUGGACCCUCAUCUUCCCCAUUGCCUAGCUCACAGGCUCUGCUUCUCUCAGCGGCAAAUAUAGUUGCUGAAGCUUCACCACCUGUAGAUGCUGAAAAAAAGCCACAGGAUGCGAAGACUCCUCCAAAGUACGGCGCCAUGAUCCUGGAAGCUCUUUCUGAAUUGAAUGAGCCAAAUGGUUCAGAGAUUGGUGCAAUUUACAAGUUCAUAGAGGACAGGCACCAGGUGCAACCAAACUUUAGAAGAUUGCUUAGUUCAAAGUUCAGGCGGCUUAUAGAAUCAAAAAAAGUUGAAAAGGUUGAUAAUAAGUUCUAUAAGGUCACAGAUUCCUUUGCAACAAAAACUCCGGUGCCAAUAAAAGCUUCAGCUCCAAAGCAGAAGGAUCCAUCCAAGCCAUCGAAGGCAUCAAAGAAUCUAGGACUGUUUGCCGCUGUGAGUCCCGCACUAGAGGCAGCGGCGGCGGCAGCUGUCAAAGUAGCUGAUGCGGAGGCCAAAGCAAACGUUGCACAUGAGCAUAUGAUGGAGGCUGAAAGGAUCCUCAAGAUGGCUGAGGAGACGGAGUCUCUCCUUACACUUGCAGCAGAGAUCUAUGAACGAUGUUCAAGGGGAGAGAUAACCAUAGUAAAUCAAGUGUCGCAAAGGGAGUUCUGAAAUCUACCAGAGGCCUCUGUUCUUUUGUACAUGGAUAUGCUGGCCUAGCAUGUUAUUUGCCCAUGUUGCUCCUGUGUUGUAUAACUUAAAGUUUGUGCUGUGCUUGGGGAUAUGUCCUAGGGUUAACUAAAGAACAUCCGUGUACCGCCUGUCAUCAAAUUAUCAUAAUAUGCGUAACCUCUUUCCUUGCA